UAAGGGAACUUUUAUUACGUUAACCAGUUCAAUGGUUACAGCCAGCUGCUCGCACUGAUAAAUUAAAUUGAAUAUCCGGAAUCUGGAGCGGUGUAAUGCCCGAAUCAGUUCAAUAUGGAAAGCCCUAAAGAGCGGUUGAAGACCAUUCUUUGCAAGUUUGAAAAUUCAAAUAUUCCCGUUACGGACAUUCACAAACUAACUGUGCUAAAAAAAAUUCGCAAAACUGAGUUGCCUUUAAGAUUGAUCGUUUUUAUCGCCGCUGCUUUUCUCGUUUGCGCGAUGUUUCGACAUAUUCAUCUACUCGACAAAUCGGAGUGCUAUAUAGAAAUGCCUCAUGAGACUUCUAAGUUAUUUCGCGCUCCAGAAUACUGCGAGAUUUGUCAGGAUUUUUCGAAAGUUGACAAAGUAGCCAACGUAUCACCUGCACUCUUCCUGCAAAAAUACUUCAAACAAACUCAUCCGGUUGUGGUAACCGAUGGUGCUGCGAAUUGGCCUGCAAAAAAGUUGUUUACUUUUGAUUUCUUCAAAGCGCUAUUCAAUUCAACGGAAGUAAACAGGAGCAAACAUAAAACAUGCCAGUUCUUCCCAUAUAAAACAGAGUUUGCCUCUCUACAGGAAGUUUUUAAUAUGAAUGCCGACAGAGCGAUGUUAAAACCUGGAGAAAUGCCCUGGUAUAUUGGCUGGAAUAAUUGUAACGAUGAGAUUGGAAAAUAUUUAAAACAGUUCUACAGUAAGCCAUAUUUUCUGUCGAACAUGACUGAAAAUAUUGAUUUAAGUUGGAUUUUUAUGGGGGGCCCGGGACAUGGAGCUCACAUGCAUGUAGAUGAUGUCCAUUAUCCGUCAUGGCAAGCUCAGCUUAGUGGAAGAAAAUUGUGGAAAUUGGCACCUCCUCCGGAAUGCUACUACGAAUGCAAGGAAGUGGAAGUAGUAGUGGAACCAGGGGAAAUAAUUGCUCUGGAUACAAAUCGAUGGUUCCACCAAACUGUUGUUCUUCCUGGAGAAAUCAGCAUCACCAUAGGGUCAGAAUUCGACUAGAUUCCUC